UUUUUUCCAAGUGACCACCGUGUGUUUAAUGGGAAUCUUUGGUGGAUGCGUUUUUUUGCCGCUUCCUUCAAAAGUGGAUGCUAUGGAGCCACAUUUCUUCGUCCUGCUGCCACCUACUGGAAAACACCUAUCUCGGAUGUUAUCUCGGGUUUUUUUAUAUUUCAUUUUAAUUUGAUGUUUUAUCACAAACUGAACAAUCUCCUGAAGGAUGGUCGACAAAAAAGGAAAGAGGCGAAUUAGCGUGCAAACUAAAGAAGAUGAUACGAAUUGAAAGUUCAGAUUUGUGGCAUGUUUAAAGAGCAUAGUGUGAUUUAUAUGUUAGCCUCCAAAUCGGCAUGUUCGCUGGUUGUUUAAUGAACGUUUCAUCGGUGCUGUGCGUAGUUUCAGAGAAUGAAGAAAUCAGUGUGUAAAAGGAAAUGCCAGCGGAAAAACACAAACUGAAUAAGAAAACAGCAAUAAUCUAAAUCGAUCACACCUCUGCAUGACAAGGAAAAUAAUGAUCGAGACACCGAUAAUUACAGCCACGAACAAAUUGAUCCCUGCGGUGUCGUUGAUAGUGUCGUUUCCAUGUCCAGUGGCCAUCUCGGUGCUAAUGGGCCAAGUGUUGUAUGUGUAGCACCGAUAUCAUGUUAUUUUAUGAGAUUAUAAUUGUCCCCAGAUUGAGUGUGCGACCCGUUGUGAAGUGUGUAUUUGGUCGCGAGGAGAUUACAUAAAUUUGCAUAAUCCGACAACGGCCACCACUCAGCGCUGCUCUAGGUGUGUAUAACAUAUGCCAAGUGAAUGCCAAGAAAACCUCGAAGCCGAUCGAAGAAGAUCAUUUCCAGAUAGCCGAUGUAUGUUUUUUUUCAAUUCCUAUGUUCAGUCAAGAUCCUUCUCAUUUGCAUAGGAAAUCGGCAAAUGGAUCACAUUCCACAGUGGGAUUUCACAACAUUGUCUCUCGUGCUGAUUAAUGAAUAUCUUUGCCAGAAUUACACCAGGAAGAUGAUCGAGUUAUCAUGAUUUGGAUUUGCUUUCAACGAGACAAUGCUUUCACAUAUAAUGGAUUAAGAUGAAACCUUUCGCCCUGAUAGUUUCAAUGGUUUUAAUGUUCAUGGAAGCCAGAAAAACUGAAUCAUUCUCGCCGUCAGUUUUGUGUUCGCGAAUACCGGGCCUCUCUCCAUACCAAAGGCAACUUUGCGUAGAUGCACCGGAUGCUGUUGUGUCACUGAGCGCUGGUCAACAUCUGGGGGCCCAAGAGUGUCAAAAGCAAUUCAAAGACCACCGCUGGAAUUGUACUCAAGUUUGGCAGCGAGAUAUGUUCGGACACAUCGUUAUUGUUGGAUCAAGAGAGGCCGCCUUCACAUACGGGAUCACAAGUGCAGGAGCAGUUCAUGCGAUAACGGCUGCGUGCGCCAAGGGAAACAUCACGAUGUGUGGCUGUGAUUCCAGACAGAAAAUGCAAUUUUCCACUGAAACUGAUAACUGGAAAUGGGGCGGAUGCUCGGCUGAUAUCGGCUUCGGAAUGCGCUUUGCCAAGAAAUUCCUGGACGCACGGGAGAUCGAGAAUGACGAUCGAAGUUUGAUGAACUUACACAAUAAUCGGGUAGGACGAAAGAUUGUCAAAUUGUUGCUGCGUACGGAAUGCAAAUGCCACGGUGUUAGUGGGUCAUGCGCAAUGAAAACCUGCUGGAAAAGUUUACCCCCGUUCCACGCAAUUGGGGACAUCAUGAUGAAAAAGUAUCGCAAGGCAAAGCUGGUGCAGGCAGUGGCGCUGCAACCCGGAGCUGGACCGGAGCCAUCGACGGAAGCAACGAUGACGACAGCCACUACUACGACCACGAUAAGCUCGAGUCCGAAAGCGAAGGGGAUGACAAUGAUGGUGAUGACGAUGGUGGGGAGCAGUAGCAGCAGCCAACAACAACACUUGGUGCUUAAAAGAAAAGCUAAGCAACAGUACACAAGCCUUAACAGCCAAAAACCAAAGAGAAUGGAGCUUGUUUACCUACAGCCAUCGCCGAACUACUGCGAGAGGGAUGCCAUUUCCGGGAUCCUGGGAACUGUGGGUCGCCAAUGUAAUCGCACAUCGAGCUCCAUGGAUAAGUGCGACCUGCUGUGCUGUGGACGAGGCUACAAUACGCACCAAAUAGUACGAAGCUGGCAGUGCAACUGUAAAUUUAAAUGGUGCUGCACAGUUAAUUGCGACAUUUGCACAGAACGUAGUGAAGAGUAUACUUGUAAAUAGCGCGGGAAAAUUUUAAACAGGGUCAAAAGUAAUGUGGAGCGUAGCGAUUUUUGACAAGAUUUCUUAUGAUUAGUUUUAACAUUGACUAUGAUGCGAAACAGUAUUAAAUAACUCUACUUUAAUUCAUACUAUUUAAAAUAAAUAGCU